GCGGGGCGGGGCUGUGGGACCCGGAGCGAUUUGCGCGCUGCACCGCGGCAAGAUGGCGGACCGGGAGGAGGCGCUGAGGGAAUUCGUUGCCGUGACGGGAGCUGAGGAGGAGCGAGCGCGGUUCUUCCUCGAGUCCGCCGGUUGGGAUCUCCAGAUCGCCCUUGCCAGUUUCUAUGAGGAUGGGGGUGAUGAGGACAUCCUGACCCUCCCCCAGCCGACACCCAGCUCUGUAUCCAGAGGCACUGCAGCCAGUGACCACCGAGUAACGUCGUUUAGAGACCUUGUUCAUGCACAGGAGGAUGAUGAUGAGGAAGAAGAGGGACAGCGGUUUUAUGCCGGUGGCUCAGAGAGAAGUGGACAACAGAUUGUUGGUCCUCCAAGGAAGAAGAGUCCCAAUGAGCUGGUGGAGGAUCUGUUCAAGGGAGCGAAGGAGCACGGUGCAGUGGCAGUUGAUCGGACAGCCAAAAGCAGCGGCGAGAGUAGCAAGCCUAAACCUUUUGCAGGGGGAGGAUAUCGCCUUGGAGCUACUCCAGAGGAAGAGUCUGCCUACGUGGCAGGAGAGAGGAGACAGAACUCUGUUCAGGAUGUGCACGUUGUACUGAAGCUCUGGAAGAGUGGAUUCAGUCUGGACAGUGGAGAACUGAGAAGCUACCAGGAUCCAUCCAAUGCCCAGUUCCUUGAUGAUAUCCGCCGAGGGGAAGUCCCCGCAGAGCUGCGCAGGUUGGCGCGAGGCGGGCAGGUGAACCUGGAUAUGGAGGAUCACCGUGAUGAGGAGUAUGUGAAACCUAAAAGUGUCUUCAAAGCUUUUACUGGAGAAGGACAGAAACUGGGCAGCACCGCCCCUCAGGUGUUGAGCACCAGCUCCCCAGCCCAGCAGGCAGAGAAUGAAGCCAAAGCCAGUUCUGCCAUUGCUAUUGAUGAGUCGCAGCCUGUCACCAACAUCCAGAUCCGGCUCGCUGAUGGUGGGCGACUGGUCCAGAAAUUUAAUCACAAUCACAGGAUCCGCGACAUCCGGCUCUUCAUAGUAGAUGCCCGGCCAGCAAUGGCAGCCACCAGCUUCGUCCUCAUGACCACCUUCCCCAAUAAAGAGCUGACUGAUGAGAACCAGACCCUGAAGGAAGCCAACCUGCUCAAUGCUGUCAUUGUUCAGAGGUUGACAUAAAGGAACCCGUGUCUCGCCGCACUCCUGCUCGCAGCGCGCGUGCGUCGUCUCAGCCAUGCGUGCACCUGCACUGUGCAAACAGGCUCACAUCUACUUGUAGCUCUGGGUUCUUAGGUCUUGGUUGGACUCUUUUCUCUUUAGUUGCAUUUCCUAUGGGUUUUUUUUUUUUUGUUUUUUUUGUGAUGAUCAGUGGACUUUAAAAUAAAUAAAAGGAAACGAACCUGUUUUCAAAGGAGAUGCAGCCUAUUGAGCCACAGAUUCUCCCAGGAGAGUUCAGUUACCUUUGUGGAAUGUUUCUGUGCUCUUUAGAGGGGAAGAAGGUAAGGGGGAAGGGAGUUCCCAGGGAGCAGUUUCCCUCUGUGCCGAUCAGAUGCUGUUUGCAGUCUGUUAUUCUUUCCUCUCUGGGGACUGCUGCAACUCUUAUUUUUUUUGCACGUUGAAUAUAAAGAUACAAGGAUGGGUGAUGUUGCUGUCAGGAUAAUGGUUAACGUUACUGUGAAAGCACUGUGAGGGGAAUCUUUGUGAAGCAGUUGUUGCUCAGCGUGGGGAAAACUGAUUUGUGUGUGUGCAGGUGCAAAGGUUGGCACUACUGGGCUGUUCUGGAGGGAAAGUCCUGAUGUUCCUUCCUUCAGCAGAACACUCGAGGUGUUUGUUACAGUUCCCACCUGCUCUGCCAGCACUUUCUCCUGCAGUCCAGACUGACUGACUGCAGUUCUAAUUUGCUGUAUUGCAUUUCUUUGAGAAACCCAACUUCCUGCUGAUUUUUUUUGUUCUAAGGAAGGCACGAAGCUGAAUCAGCUUGAAAUGACUGAAAUUACAAGGCAAACAGUAUCUCACUGGAAAGCAGAUUUUAUUUUAAGAUGAGUGAUUGUUUGAAUCAGUUCAGGUGAAAAACUCGAGGCUUUAGGACCCUUUGAUUUAUUUCCUUUGCUGAGGACCACACAGCUGAACACCUGGGAUGCUCCAGCUUUGGUCUGUCCACUGUUUUGGACUCAGGUCUCUAUUUCUUUCCUUUGGACAGAAUGCUGUGGGUGAAUUCACUGCUGGUGAGCAAGGCUCUGGUAGUGCUGGUACAGCAUUGCGUGCAAGUUGCCAUCUAGUGUUGUGCCACGGCACUUCCCACUGAUCUGCAACAUGCUUUCCAUCCCAGCCCUGUGCUUUGGAGCAGAACUUUAGCAGACAGUAGGCGUUUAGAUGUCAGCUAGCUGGGAGCUGCAGUGACAUCUGCAUUGUCCUUUGGAAAUGGUUGGGUUGCAGCUGUGGUGCAGUC